AAUAUUAGUGACUGAUUAUUGGUUUAUUAUUGACGAGAGUGCUGAUUAAUUUCAACUAUCAUUAUACGUACGUAUAUAAGAAAAUUACAUUUCUUUUGUGGUGGUAUUUAUAGUUUCGGUUUCCCAUUUUUACAACAGAGGAAUGACAGAUAGAAGUAACAGGAGGCGAAGUCAGGAAAAUGCAUUAUACUUGAAUUUUAUGUGUGAACGUGACAAUUAUUCAGAUGAAUGGUCUGAGUCAGAUGUUGGUUCGAGUUUCUCAGACAUUGACGUUGAAGUUGGUAUUGCACCUGACUCACCAGCAGAAACUCAAAUCCAACCAUUACCUACAUUAGACGUGAGCACAUUGUCUAAAAUAAAAAUAUUUUUUUAAGACUGUACAUAAGAUUGCUUUAAUAAAAAGGAGCCUUCACCUAUGGCAGUGUUGCAGUUGACCUCAGAGGACUAUUCUGAUCAGGAAGUACCAGAAAGUAGUGGUAGUGGUACUGAUAUUGAAGACUCGGCAUCUACAACAAUAGAAGAAUUUGAUGUUGACGAACCAGCACCAAAAGAAGUUUUAGCUGGCAAACUUUCUCUUAAGGCACAAUUAGCUACGUGGAAAAUUGAAAAUAAUAUUGAAUUUUCCAAAUGUGAUCAGCUAUUGAAAAUUCUACAUCCGUACCACCCUGAUCUUCCUCUGUCAACUAGAACUCUGGUGAGAACACCUACGAAAGCAGUUUCAUUGAAGAAUAUUUCGCCUGGUAAAUAUUACCAUUUUGGUAUUGUGAAAGGAAUAUUGGAUACUCUGUUAUCAAUGAAUUUUCAAGAAUUACUUAUUGAUCCCCUUCCUUUAUACGUUGGAAUUGAUGGUGUCCAUCUUACAAAUAGCUCCAGCAGUCAGUUUUGGCCUAUUGUUGGCCAUUUGCCGUUCAUUAAAGAAUCGCCCCCUUUUCCCAUUGGGGUUUUUCAUGCUAAUUCUAAACCCACUAACUCCAACGCAUUUUUAUUAGAUUUGAUUGAGGAAGCCGAUAGUCUUCACGAAAGGGGUUUCUUUUUUCGGGAAAAAUAUUUUUCAGUCCUGAUUAAGUCAUUCAUUUGCGAUGCACCUGCAAGAGCAAUGAUUUUGUGCAUUAAAGGGCAUUCUUCUGAACGCUAUGGUUGUGCCAGAUGCAUAGGGUUCGGUAGAAAUCUUGGUCAAUUGAGAACUAAUGAUUCCUUUAGAGAGAAGCAAUGUGUGCUCCAUCAUCAUUGCCGCUCAAUUCUGGAAAAUCUCCAUUAUCUCGAUAUGGUUAAGGAUGUCCCAUUGGACCCCAUGCACCUUCUUGAUCUCGGUGUCAUGAAAAAAAUCCUUGCUUUUAUUUUUGGAACAGAUAGAAAGAAAAGAAAUGUGCCACAUGUUACAUUACACCACAGAACAGUGGAUCAAAUCGAUUCCUUCAUUACUGAAACAAUAAGAAAGUUUAUCUCCAGAAUAGAAUUCGCCAGACAACCUCGGUCGAGCAAAGAACUUCCUCGUUGGAAAGCAUCUGAAUUUAGAACUUUUCUUCAUUACUUCGGUGUAGUAAUUUUCAGGAAAUUUUUGUCUCCUGAAUUUUACCACCAUUUUCUUUUGCUCCAUGUUGCUGUAAAGCUGUUGUCAUAUGAACCUUGGUCCGUCACUGACAAUGCGUUUGCUAAUGCAUUACUUUCCCGUUUCGUUACCCAAUCACAGGCUCUUUAUUCGAAUUUGUUUAUGUCUUACAACAUUCAUGCUUUGUUUCAUUUGUCUUCCGACGUCUUAAAAUUCGGACCGCUUGAUAACUUUAGCGCCUAUCGCUUUGAAAACUAUUACGGAAAGAUGAAAAGGUACCUUAAGAAAAAUGACAAACCCCUUCAACAGCUUGUUAAACGGCUAUUAGAAGAAAUCCAAAAUCAUAGCUUUAUCACACGAAAAAUUUCAGCCACCAACGAAAUAGAAUUUCUUGAUGGACACAAUAGUAUCCCAAUCUUGGAAAAUGUUUUCGGUUUUCAAUUUAGAUCAGUAAACAUUCCAGGACUGGGACAAUUGAAAUGUGAUAAUGAAGCAGAUAACUGUGUGUUUCUUAAAGACAUGUCCCUUGUUGUGAUGUAUGAUUUUGUAAAUAUCCCUAAUAACGUAGUUGUAAUUGGGAAAAGAUAUGAAAACCAACAAGAUGCCUAUUCGUAUCCCUGUCGUUCAUAUGUUAUCCAAGAAUAUCUUGUGUCAUCGCUCUCUACUAACUUUGAAUUGUGGAAUGUAAAAGACAUUUGGUGUAAGGCGGUUCGAUUGCCUACUUCAGCAUCGUUGGAUUCAUUUGUAGUUUUCCCAUUAAAAAGACAAUAA